AACCAAAAGGAAGGUUAAAAUUCGGUUCUAUUUUACGUAAAAAAAAUAUGUUGUAACACCCCGCCCCCCACACUCGCUUUGUUUAUGUCAUUGAUCACACGCGCUCGGGUCGAGAGUGGUAAUAUUUUCGUCCCAGAAGAAACCCAAAUUAACGCCGCCGCCGCCGCCGUCGUAGACCAGCUGGUAGUCACAGUUGCUUCGGAAGCCGCUCCGACCGGGAGAGCACGGCGGAUACGACGGCGACAGGUCACGGUUGUGGAGGAGGGCGGCGAUGAGGGACUCGUACUGGAGUUGGAUGUUGACCGCCUCGGCCUGAGCCCUGGCGAGCUGCUCCUGGAGGACGUCGACUUGGUUUUGGAGCUGGAAAAUUGCUCCGGCGCAGCCGUACACGGGAUCUCUCAGCCGCGCGUUCGCCUCGUACACCAUGCUGCUCACCGCGUCUUCCCUCUCGUGCUCCGCCAGUUCCUGAUGGCCCAUUCAAUAUCCAAAUAUAUGGAAAGAAAAAAAGCGUAUGUGACACUGAGUUGGAAGGAAGGGGGUGAACGGGAUCCAAGAUACCUGCAAGAAUUUGAUGAUGUUGCUAGCGCCGAAGACACGGUGAGCGGCGACAAACUUGACCGGAUCACCGGGAGGAAAAUACGGCGCGAGCAUGCAUUUCUCCGUGGCGGUGGCGCAUCUCCGCCGCAAGAUCUUGCAAGCGGCGCAUGGGCUCAUCACCGCCACCGCCUCCGUGGUGUCACUAAUUGAGCAGUCCAUUGGGUCUCUAAUAAUUGAUUCAGAGAAAGGCAGAGAAUUAAUGUUAAGGUGCAAUGGAAGAAGAAUACUCCGUAUAUAUAAAGAGAGAAGGGAUAGGAUGAGAAAGUAUGGAGCUUGGUAAUUUAUUGCUCGGAUUUUGUUGGUUGAAUUUCAUGUUAUCUUCUCCUGCUUUCUUGGACUUAUUCCCAAUAACUAGAAAGUCAAAUG